AUGAUGAGCACCAAGCAGUUCUUGGGUCUCAAUGGCUCGAGGCUGCAGGUAGCUAUCGGUAUCAUAGCUGGCCUGGACUUCCUGCUUUUUGGCUAUGACCAGGGUGUCACUGGAGGCUUGCUCACGCUUGAGUCAUUUGUCAAAUACUUCCCAGCAAUAGACACGACUGAUUCGCAUAUGUAUGGUUGGUCUGCCGCGGAGAAGAGCAGCCAAUCAACGCGACAAGGCAUUACUGUCGCUGCAUAUAACCUAGGUUGUUUUGCGGGUUCGAUCCCCACAAUUUGGAUUGGCAACAGGAUUGGACGGCGCAAAGCCAUCUUCCUUGGUUCUUUCAUUAUUUGUAUCGGGGCCAUCUUGCAGUGUACCUCCUAUGGCCUUGCACAGCUCGUCGUUGGUCGACUGGUGACCGGAUUCGGAAAUGGUAUCAAUACUUCUACUGUGCCCACUUGGCAAUCUGAAUGCUGCAGGUCUCACCGUCGUGGCCAAAUGGUCAUGAUAGAGGGCGCUAUGGCUACUUGUGGUGUCACCAUUAGUUACUGGGUUGACUUCGGCCUCAUGUUUGCUGAUCCCAAUGAAGUUGCCUGGCGAUUUCCUAUUUCAUUUCAGAUAGUCUUCGCAGUUAUCAUUCUCGCCUUUGUCAUGUUUCUGCCAGAAUCUCCGCGCUGGCUUAUUUUUAAGGGUCGUGAAGAUGAAGCCCGUGAGGUUCUCAAGUCCUUAUUGGGCGAUGAUACUACAGAGCAACUUGUGGACGUUGAAUUCACCAACAUCAAAGCAACCGUGUUGGAAAUGUCUAAGGGCUCAUUCCGGGACAUGUUCACUAUGAAUGAGGACCGUCAUUUCCAUCGCACUAUAUUGGCAUACGUGAAUCAGAUGUUCCAGCAAAUCAGCGGUAUCAACCUUAUCACAUACUAUAUUCCUACUCUGCUGGAGAAUCAGAUCGGAUUGACUAGCACUGUGUCUCGACUGAUCUCCGCUUGUAAUGGAACGGAAUAUUUUAUGGCUUCUGUGGUUGCUAUAUUCACUAUUGAGAAAUUCGGUCGCCGGACACAUAUGAUCUUCGGCUCAAUUGGAAUGUCGCUCUCUAUGGUGGUUCUAGCCAUCUCUAAUAGAAUUUGCACAUCCAAUACAGGUAAUGACAUUGGACAAAAGGCAGGCAUUGUACAAACUGUCUUUCUUUUCGUUUUUAAUACUUUCUUUGGGAUUGGGUGGCUUGGUAUGACUUGGUUAUACCCUGCAGAGAUUGUCCCAUUGAAGAUUCGUGCCCCUGCAAACGCUCUAUCCACUUCUUCUAAUUGGAUUUGGAACUUCAUGGUUGUUAUGAUUACCCCAAUUGCCUUCAACAACAUUGGAUAUAAGACAUAUGUUGUCUUCGCUAUCAUCAAUGCGUUCAUUGUCCCAUUCGUCUAUUUCUUCUUCCCAGAAACCACGUCUCGCUCAUUGGAAGAGAUGGAUCGCAUCUUCCGAAAGACAAGUACCGUCUUCGAUGUUGUGACAGUCGCCCGUGAAGAACCCCAUGCAUAUGGUCCGAAAGGCGAGCUUCUUUACACCUUGGAAUAUAUUGCGGACAAUUCAGAUAUUACGAGGGUCGAUGGACCGCAUUUCCGAGACCAGAUUGCGAACGUAUAG